CCUUGCUUGAUUGGUUUAGAUGCGGCACGGAAGACAGUUCAGAAACGCAUGGGUACUGGAUUGCUGACGGAGAAGGAACCAUUGGUAAUGUGUCUUCGUGAAAGUUAUUAACCAUUUAGAGAUGGAGACAGCAGCCUUGGUAGCUCCAGUCACAGCUCUGGAGUUUCUUCAGGAUGCAUUUCUUCUGACGGGUGAGGGUCCAGUCUUGACGGUGUACAGUCUCAAACAUCGUCCAAAAGCCUGUGCCUCACUGAGUGUGCUCCAAAACUACAGAAUCCACGGAAUAAGACCUAGGAGUCUUGCGGCUGAACGGAGCUCCAUCUUGGGACCCAACUUCUAUGACAUUGUGGUGUUUGGAGGCAAGGCUGUGAGGUUGGUGAGGCUCCAUGUGGAUCUCCAGGAUGGGGAACAUCUGCGUUUGGAGAUUCUGGGUCCCCUCAUGGAGCUCCAGGACUGGGCCCUGGACGUCCGGUGGCUCUCCGGAGACAAACACUCCCUGCUCGGUGUGGCUGUAGCCCACAAUAGUGCGCUUCUCCUGGACAUCAGGACAGGAAAUGCCCUACUUCAGCGCUCCUGUCUGGAGGGCUGUCUUCUGUACUCUGCCCUCCUUCUUGUACAUGAAUCCUGGGAUGAUACCAUCUUAGUGGGAGGGACUGUUUUCAACCAACUUGUCCUCUGGAAGCCUGGAGCAGGAGGAGAUGAAAGUAGCAACUCAAAGCACAAAGCUCCAGUGGAGAGACGUCUGUUAGGCCACAGCGGGGUCAUCUUCAGCAUCUCUUACCUCCAGGAGAAAGGAUGGCUGGCCUCAGCUUCUGACGACCGCAGUGUAAGGGUUUGGGGUGUAGGUGCUUUAGGAGGACCUGGGGGGAAGUGUGGGGACUUGAACCCGUCGUGUUUAAGAGUCCUAUACGGACACCAGGCGAGGGUAUUCUCCGUGCGUCUCUCCCCAGGAAAUGUGUUCAGUGCCGGUGAAGAUGGGGCCUGUUUAGUGUGGGACUGGGCUGGAGAGGGCAAGGUGGCUCGGACGUUGAAGGGACACAAAGCAGGCGGGGUUCGUGCACUCGCAAUCAGUGAGGGAAGAGCAGAUGGAGAGAGAUGGGUUGCUACAGGGGGGGCAGAUGGAGGGGUGAGGUUGUGGAGGGUGGAAGGGAGCGAGGAGGGGAUGGAUACGACGGAGGAGGCAGCGACAGAGAAGCUAACAGACCUGAGAUUUACCGGUCAAGGCUUGCCUAAAGCGGUCUGUAUAGCAGGGGAAGAGGAUACAAAUGCACCAUGGAGUGAGAGCAAGUUUGUGGUUUGCACAGACCACGGAACAGUUUACCAAUACAGCGACGGGCAGUGGGAGAUGGUAUGGCAGGGGACUACUGACUUUCAAUCGUAUUGUGUGAUGGAAACAACAACUGUCAGUGAGAAAAACUCACCAGCAAAAGUUAACUUGUGUGCUGUUGCAAACCUCAGCGGAUCCAUACAUGUCUUCCCCAUCUCUCAUCCUCAGUGUGGGAUUCUCCUUACAGGCGGCUCAGGGAAGAUCCAUAGCCUUAUUUGGCAUGAGGCAAAAGAACAAAUGUAUUUGUUAGCAUCAGGUGCUGAAGGAUUUGUCUCUCGCUGGUGUAUAAAGGUAGAAUUAGAUGAGAACCCUCCCUUGGCUCUCAGUGUGAAACCCCUUCCUCCCUUCCUCCUUCCCUCCUGUGCCAAACGCUGGCUGACAGCUGCAGUGUGCCUCCACUCCUCGUCACAGGGGUUGCUGUGGGUGUGUGGGGACAGGAGAGGGUCCCUGCUUUUGUUUCAGGAAGGAGGAAAGCAGGAGCGAAACAUGAGAGAUGGAAAAAUAAUUGCUGAAAGUUCGCAGACAGGGAGGAAACCAACAGAUGGUGAAGGGGUUGAAGUGGAGGGAAAUGGAAGCGGUGGAGACAUAAAAACUGAAAUGGUGGAGGACAGACACCCAACACUUCACCCACUAAGCUGCCGGUUUGGGGUGCAUGGGAAACAGGGUGUAACUUCAGUGUGUGAGUACCAGGGGCUGCUCUACAGCACGGGCAGGGACGGCUGUGUGAGGGUCUUCAGAGUGAAUCCAACACCACCAGAAAAACCUGAAGAAAAGAGUGUUGAGAACAAAGAUGGACUUCAGCUGCAGGUUCUCCGAGUCCAGCGGGCCUGCAAGGGCAUGGAGUGGCUGGAGAGGAUUCUGAUUCUUGAACCCGACAUUCCUGUGGAAGAGGCAGAGGACGAAGAGAGCUUUAGACCUGAGGAAGAAAGGACGGAGAAUAAGGGAAGAGAAGCCCGGUUUGCUAUAAUUGGCUUUCAUGGUGUCCACUUUGUGGUUUGGGACCCCGUGAGGCUAGAGAGACUGUUUGCAGUGCCUUGUGGUGGGGGGCAUCGCUCCUGGAGUCUCUGGCGGUCCCACAAAGGGGUGUGGCCCGGAUACGGAGCUCUGGUCUUCAUCAAGCAGGGGGCUGUCAUGACAUCACAGACACCAGGAGAGGCACUGAGCAUAGGUGGAAAAGCCGGAGGGUGGGGCCUGAGAGAGGGUGUCCAUGGGAGGGGGAUUGGAUGUAUGUGCAGACUUGGGAUGAUAAGGGGAAUCAAGAAUGAGAAUCAAACUGAAAGUCCUGGAGAUUUGGCAGAAACUGAGGGAAUGGAUGAACUCAAAGAGGGAGGGCAUUGGGAGAUAGUGGUGACGGGAGGAGAGGACACUAGCUUAACCGUCAUUGCAAUUCAGCCCCGCUCUGGCAGCAUUAAAGUUCUCUCAGUUAUCACCGACCACAUCUCAAGCAUUCGCACGGUGACAGCGGUAACGCGUCAGGAGGCGGGGGGUGAGAGCCAGAAACAGUCCCUCUCUGCCCUGCUGGUGUCAGCGGGGGGGAGAGCUCAGAUGCAGUGUUACCGGCUGUCGGUCGGCUGGGACCAGCAGAGACUGGCUCCCUCCUGUCAGGUGAUCCAGGUGGCCAGUCACCGAUUGGACGAACAAUGGGAGAAGAGGCGGAACCGGCACAAGACGGUGAAAAUGGACCCAGAAACCAGGUACAUGUCUGUGGAGGUGGUGGAGGAGAAGCCAGACGGUGUUCUCCUGGCUAUGGCCUGCAGCGACGGAGCACUCAGAUUGUUCUCGGUCAGUGAAGGCUCACAUCAGAUUGAUUUGUUGUGGGAGACGUUUUACCACCAGCGCUGUGUGCUCAGUGUUGCUGCCUGCAGCCUGGAGGAUGGAGAAGGCCACAGGUAUAGGCUGCUGUUCAGCGCUGCAACAGAUGGCAGAAUUGCAGUGUGGGAUUUGACAGAUGCUUCUUUCUUAUCGACCGGUACUCAGCCAAUCCCCUGCCUCCACAUCCACGCCCACCAGAGCGGCAUCAACUCAUUGGCUGUUUGGACAGAGCAACCGGGACUAAACGAGGGCGGUUGCCUGGUAACGGUUGCUAGCGGAGGGGAUGAUGGGCAGCUGACAGUGUCCACAAUAAGGGUGCACUACCCAGAAGACAGAAAGUUUGGGGGCAGCAGAGGGUCCUCUCAGAUUUCAGAGGCCCUGAGCCCCCCAACCCAGCUUCAUCUUGAACUUCACUCCCAGUCCCACUCCCCGCUGGCUCACGCUGCCCCCCUGACCGCCCUGAAGCUCCUGAGCCCUGGCCUCCUGGUCUCCACCUCUGCAGAUCAGAGGGUUUGCCUGUGGAGGGUCUGCAGUACCGGGAUCAGCCACAUUGGGGCGCUGUGCUCCCACGUUGCAGAUGCUGCAGGACUGGCAGUGUGGGAAGGGCAGCUGAGAGAGGAGGAGGAGGAGGGGGAUAAAGAGAUGAAAACAAGCUUUGAGUCUGAGCAGGAGAUUUCAGUUUGGAGAGGGAGUCAGAUAGGAUUCAAAAAGACAGCGGCACAUUUCAGUAAUGAGGAAACAGCUAGUGAGUCUGAGGGUGGAGGAGCCGUUGAAGCAGAGAGUGAGACGGGUCUCCUGGUGUGUCAAACCAGUGAGGAGAAGGCAGGUGAGACAGCUAGUGAAUGUAGUGAUCAAGCAGAGACUGACAGGGUUAGUCAGGGAAACACUGAGAGAGGUUUCAGGAGGGAGAAGACGGGAUGGGUGCUGCUCUGCGGACAGGGCUUCCAGCUGCUACGAGUCCCAAAGACAGAGAGCGCACAAAGCCAAAAGGAGAGUCACAGAGUUAAAGUGACUUUACAAGGAAAGUCCAUAUAAGUGCAAUCAAAAGAUAAGGGUGGUCAAAACAAUGACUUGUAAUAUUAGAUUCAAUUUACUAUGUAAAUUACAUUUUUAAUAAAGUCUAUUUAGA